AUGUAUAUCAUUGAUGACUAUAUUGAACGAUUAUUGGCAGCAGGAUAUGGCAAAAUCAAGGGUUCACAACGAUUAUGUUUGAAUGUGAUGGAAGUGGAUAUGAUUUGUCAUGUUGCUAUGGAAAUCUUUUUACAACAACCUACAUUAUUGGAAUUAUCACCACCUGUCAAGAUCGUUGGAGAUACUCAUGGACAAUAUUCAGAUUUACUUCGUUUAUUUCAAAUGUCCGGUUUUCCUCCUUCAAGUAAUUAUCUGUUUUUGGGUGAUUAUGUGGAUCGUGGGAAACAAAGUCUGGAAACAAUGCUUUUACUUUUAUGCUAUAAAAUCAAAUAUCCUGAAACUUUCUUUUUACUUCGAGGCAAUCAUGAAAAUCAAAAUGUCACAAGAGUGUAUGGAUUUUAUGAUGAAUGCAAACGACGUCUAAGUGUUAAAAUGUGGCGAUUAUUUGUAGAUGUAUUUAAUGUAUUACCGAUAGCUGCAUUGGUGGGAGACAAGAUCUUUUGUGUGCAUGGCGGGCUUUCACCAUCAUUGACAAGUAUGGAUGACAUUCGACGGAUUGAACGACCUGUGGAUAUCCCUGAAUAUGGAUUAUUGAAUGAUCUACUGUGGUCGGACCCAACGGAUGAAACACCGGAUUGGCAAGAUAGUGACCGUGGCGUUUCUUAUUGUUUUGGUCACAAGGCGAUCGAUGAAUUUCUAGCCACCUUUGAUUUGGAUUUGAUUUGUCGUGCUCAUAUGGUAGUAGAGGAUGGGUAUGAAUUCUUUCAUAAUCGAUCUCUAGUCACUGUAUUCUCUGCUCCCAAUUAUUGUGGUGAAUUUGACAAUCUUGGUGCUGUCAUGAGUGUAGAUAAGGAUUUGAUGUGUAGUUUUCAACUCUUGACUCCUGCCAAUCAUCCUCUUUGUAAACGACAAGGUAAAAAAAAAUCUUUAAAAUAUAUUGAAGGAUGGAUGGAUUAA